AUGAGAGCAAGAAGGGUAUUAAUUUUUAGAACCAACUCGAAACCCAGAGUGAGAGAAGAGCAGUCGAGUGGAAGAGGAGGGACCGAGCGACGUCGGACGAAGGGAGGUGCCGAGGUGGAUCGCGGUCCCAAGAGGAUGGGCCGACAGCUGAACGCUCUCCGAGGAGGAGGGGGAGGUGGGCUAGGUCACCGUGAUGGAGGAGGGGCCGAGGGCCGUUGGGCUAGCGAGUGGUGGAGCCGUGGAGGAGGGAGGCGUGAGGGUGAAGCAUCGUCUGCAGAUCCGCUACGAUCUUAUGUCUUAGGGAUUGAGGAAGAGUUUUUUUUAUUUGGGAAUGAGAGUCUUUAG